UUAUAGUAUUUUUCACGAGAGAGUACGAGUGUUUCGCGCAGCUCGACUGAGCUCAGAAAGUUCCCCCACCACUAGCGCUACCCCACCAUGAUUCACUUCCAUUGCGAUCCGCCAUAUACACGGUGGACAAAAUGUACUAAUAUAGGAACAGCUUAUUAUAGGACAGAGGUAGUGAAUAAUUCACAAAUUUCUAAUCACCCGAUAUACCCCCUGUCCAGCGUGGCUCACGACAUACAGCCGUACGGCGCUUGCGCGUUACCUUGGUAGCGGAGCGUGGCAGAACCAAUCAGAGCCAACAUGCGCAGACGAGACCAAAAUUCGUUCAUCUGUACUAGUACUCUCUCGUGAAAAAUACUAUACAAAUAAGUAACCUAACCUUUAAAAAUUGUUCAAGACAAUAUUUUUAAGGAUGUUAUAUAGAAUAGCAAUUUGUAACAUUAUACGAAGAACUGUAUUUACAAAUCCAUUACAAGUUACAUUAAAUAAUAAUCUUAAGCGUUAUAAUUUAUGUACAAAUUAUUCGUCUUCACGACAAAGUUUUAAUCUAAUUACAUUUAAAAGAUUUAAAAGCAAAAAUGUAUCUCCAAAACAUAGUAAACGUGACAUUGAUGAAGAGGACGGAGAUGAAAAUGAAAUUAAUGUAGAUGUUGAUGAUUUAUGUACACCAAAAUCAAAAAUUAUUGAUAUUGCAAUACCCUCUCUUCGACUGGAUGCUGUCGCUAAAGCUGGAUUGGGAAUGUCACGCGCCAAAUUGGAUAAAGAAUUUUACAAAAGUAAUGUGCGUCUUAAUGGACAAAAAUGUUUAAAGAAGAGUGCUAUGGUAUGAAUACUGCCCAUAAUAAGGUAAACAAUUUAUGUAGUAGAAUGAAAGUAAU